UUGCUCAGUUCUCACUUAGUGAUGUCGCUCAUUUUUGUGGCGAACCUGUAAAGAGAGAGGCAGAAGCCGGCUCUUUUUUAAUUAUUUGAUUCCUUCUUUUAUUUCUUCAGUUAUUUUUCAUUUUAUUUACGUAAAUCAUUAGCUGAAAGGGAUUCCAUUUGUGUACUUUGUUUCAUUUGAAUAAAUAUUUCAUUUCAUCAGUCUUGUUUAUUUAUUUUGUGUUCGCAAGUUUAAGCAGAGGCGGAAUUCAUCCUGUAAAUUCGUGCUUAGUGCUUUAUUGUUUCGCAUCUUUUUAAAGAAAUACUAUUUGGCUAAUACUAAGGACAUCCGUAACUUUCAUUUAUAGAAACGACGGCAACUCCAAACUAACAUGGCAGUCAGACUGUGCGAUGUGGCUUCUCUGCUUAGAAGUGGUUCGUGGGCGGCCGAGCCUUGGACUGGGCAGGUAAUUGCUGCCAUGGAAACACAGCUGUCCAAUGGGCCCACUUGUAACAACACAACCAACGGUCCCGCCACAAUCUCAAACAACUGCUCCUCCCCGGUAGAGUCGGGAAGCAUAGAGGACAGUAAAACUAACUUGAUAGUCAACUAUCUGCCUCAGAACAUGACCCAGGAGGAGCUGAAGAGCUUGUUCGGCAGCAUUGGCGAAAUCGAGUCCUGUAAAUUAGUACGAGACAAAAUUACAGGGCAGAGCCUAGGGUACGGAUUCGUCAACUACGUGGAUCCGAAAGACGCAGAAAAAGCCAUCAAUACGCUAAACGGGCUGCGGCUCCAGACCAAAACCAUUAAGGUCUCCUACGCCCGCCCGAGCUCGGCUUCCAUCCGAGACGCUAACCUGUACGUCAGCGGCCUGCCCAAGACCAUGACUCAGAAGGAGCUGGAGCAGCUCUUCUCCCAGUACGGGCGCAUCAUUACCUCUCGCAUCCUGGUGGACCAGGUGACCGGUGUCUCCAGGGGGGUGGGGUUCAUCCGGUUCGACCGGCGAAUCGAAGCGGAAGAAGCCAUCAAGGGCCUGAACGGGCAGAAGCCGCCGGGCGCCACGGAGCCCAUCACCGUCAAGUUCGCCAACAACCCGAGCCAGAAGACCAGCCAGGCGCUGCUGUCGCAGCUCUACCAGUCGCCCAAUAGAAGGUAUCCUGGACCUCUCGCUCAGCAGGCUCAGCGUUUCAGGUUGGAUAAUCUCUUAAACAUGGCUUAUGGAGUAAAGAGCAGGUUUUCUCCGAUGGCCAUCGACGGGGUGACCAGCCUGGCGGGCAUCAACAUCCCGGGCCACGCGGGCACGGGCUGGUGCAUCUUCGUGUACAACCUGGCGCCGGACGCCGACGAGAGCAUCCUGUGGCAGAUGUUCGGGCCCUUCGGAGCCGUCACCAACGUCAAGGUGAUCCGCGACUUCAACACCAACAAGUGCAAGGGCUUCGGCUUCGUCACCAUGACAAACUAUGACGAGGCGGCCAUGGCCAUCGCCAGCCUCAACGGAUACCGCCUCGGGGACAGAGUUUUGCAGGUCUCCUUCAAAACCAACAAAACGCACAAAGCCUAAAGUCUCCUCUCAGAUCCUUUCUACAGAGUUCUACUGAAACGCAGAAAAAAAAAUCAAAACUUGACGUUAACUUUAUACAUUAAUAAAAAAAAGUCUUUGUAAAUCAGUGUUACGAAGGGAAAUGAGAAUUAAUAUUUAGCGUCCAACAAUGUGAUUUUGUUUUCCUUUCUCGUUUUUUUUUUUUAUUGCUAGUCUUUGAAACUUCUUAAUAUAUUUUACGUUUGAAUAGGAGGAAAUACUGCAGGUUUCUUUUGUACCUGCAAUGUUGCGUUCUAUUGCCAUCUUUACUGGAGGACCUUUUAAAAAUGUUGAAGAUAAGGUUUUAUGUUGUUUUGUUGCUUAUCUGCUUUUGAAAGCGUAAGUCUCGUAAGCCUUUGUGUGGUGAUUUCUUUUGUAUUUUUCUCAGUGUCUUGAUUUGCCUCGAGUGCAUUUGCUUCUUAAGUGAUUAACAGUAUUUAUUUUGUAUUGACGCUCUUGUUUACAUUUUGGUUGAUUUUGUAAUAUUUUGGUGUUGUAUUAUCAGUUGGGUUAUUGGUUGGCUGCAUAAUGUUGCUUAUUGUACAAUUACUGGGAAAAACUAACUUUUCUUAAAGCAGUACCUUGCCAAAGAGCUAAGAACCUCUUUGAUGUGGGUUUAAAAAGCGUCUAUUUUUAUAAAAACAAAAAAAAAUUUGGAGAAACUUUUUACUGGACCUGGAACAAAAUAUUUUGACUUGGAUACUUUGAGAAAUAUCUUCAUAUGACACCUUGUGAGCUUUUGAACUUUACCAGGAGGUUUGCAGCGGUUGAAAUUUCCGGAGCGAUUUAUGACGUAGAAGAGGUAACCUUUUGAGAUCUUUGUAUUACUUUAAGAUUCUAGAAUCAACGGCAGCGUGGGGAUAACGUUUCUGUAAUUAUCAGGGGGGUCGUCCAAUCGCCCCGCUUAAUAUGUGACACACGGCUCACACCCGGCUAUGAUUUUUGAAAUAAGAACAAAAAAAGUAUAUACAAAGGUCAAUUCUGCAAAAAGUGCAUGCAAAUUAUAAAGUUUUGGGGGGGGAGGAUUAAAAAAAGAAAAACAAAAAGAAAAAAGGUUAAUGGGGGGGAAUAAAAUCAGUUCUUCCUUAAGGAUUCCCUUCAGACAAAGCUCAUGGUGUUUUGUGAUGUACUUGCUAUAUUAAAAUUGUUUUGUCCUUAUAUUAAAAACAAACGAAAAUAAAAGGGGGUUUUACCUGCUUUGUAUAAAGAAAAGAACUAGAAGCCUACCAAAGCAGCAGCGGAGGGUGGAAAAGAGUAAAACGUGGUAGGUGGAGUAAAAGUGUGGGAGGGGGAUUUCCUCCUGAGCUUGGAGCUAUGUAAAUAAGUCCUUGUUUUUUUAUGUUGAGUAUAAGCUUAUAUUUUGGCUCUUUUUGGACUUGAUUGCAAAGUGGUUUUGUUUUUUCUUUUUUCCUUUUUUAAUGUAAAAUAUAAUUUUUUUUGGAGAUCUAUAUAUAUCUAUAUAUAUUGCCUUAUAUUGUUUUCUGUUUUAUUCUGAAAGUUGUUUACAUUCAGUUGAAAUACUUGAUUUGUUGUCCCAUGGACUGGCAUUAGUGUAUUGGAUUUGUUGAUUGUUUGGUAUGUAGAUAGUCUUGCUUCUGCUAUUGAGGAAACUAGACUUUUUGGUUUUGUUUUGUUUUAUAUAAAUAUUAUACGAAAUAUAUACUUAUGUGGUAAAGAAUGGAUAUAAACCACACUUUUGAACAAUUUGCUUACAUUUUUCAUACGGAAACGUAAUGCAUAUAACCUGUCUUAAAAAUGUAAAAGGUGUAUAUUGCUUAAUUCACGGUGGGUGGGGGAGAAAUGAAGCAGUUUAUUGCGAGCUUAUCAGAAAUGGCGUUUCGAGCGACUCCUGAAACCAUCUCGCGUAUCUUAUCGAACAAACGGAGGCUGGGCUAGCCUAGAUGCACUGAAUACUGUACCUACAUCCUGCUUUGUAUAAACAAAACAAAUACUCAUGCUUCCCCUAAUAACGAGCAGUGUGCUAUGCAUUAUAUAUUUAUCUUUGCAACUGCUUUUUCUUUUUUUCUUUUCUUUUAAAAAAUUUUUUUUUUAACUGUAGAAGUUAAAAAUUUGAGUAUUUAGGUAAGUCGCGGUGCGUGGGCUGCUCUGGAGUAGCAGGGGAGUUUUCGGUGCGUGCCUCAAUGUUUCCAACGGCUGCGCAGUUGAACGCUGAGGUAAAUGUGUGUUUGGAACGAAAGAACAGGGAGGGGGGAGGGUUGGUGCAAAGGGCGCAGGCCCGGAAUGUUCUAGAAGCGUUGAUGUCACGGCACGAGAACGAGGCUCCGCCCCGCCGUGCAUCUUCUCAGAAUUUCUAAAUGUACGGUUGAAAUAUUUAUUUGAAGUUAUGUAUGUACAGUAUGACUCAGUUCACAGCUGUUGGGAUAGAAUAUAUCUUUUUGUUGAGUAUUUAAAAGGAUGUACAUGUUCUUUUCUUUGUGUUUGGAUACUUUGUAUUUUUUCAUGUUCAGUACAUCAAUAAACCACUUGAAGGGAA